CUCCUUACUGGUCUACAGACUACAAGUAUUUUACUGCAUAAUACUCCAAAAUCAACUAAUGGGUAGUUGGAUUUUUGUAUUAAAAAAUUAGACUAGUAGCUUUCUUUCUAGUACUUGUACCACACCACUGCCACUACUACUGUUAUAGUAUUUCACUUUAUGCUUUGACUCUCCUCCUCCUCCUUUUCUCUCUCUUCCCUAAAUCACUCCCUUCUCUUGCCCACGCUGGCGACAACCCUCACUCAUUCUCUCUUACUCAUUCACUUUCCCCUCUUUCUCUAUCCUUUCUUUCUUCUCUUCACUGUGUAACACCUGAACUAAAGGCCCUUCAUUUCUGUUCCUCAUAGAGGAAUCUACCUUACCUACUUCCCAAUUUCAAGCCUUUUUUGACGUUUUUCUAUCAUUUUUUCUCAUUUUCAGUUUUUGAGGUGCUAUCCCUUUGGAAAUGGAUGUUGAAGGAAGAUUCAUGUGCAGAUUUAUACUAUCACUUUGAUGCUUGUUGUCUUAGUUUCUUUCUAUGGCUUCUAGUAAUGGUUCUAAAAUGCCGUCAGACAAGCAAUAUCGAGUAGGGCGUGGUGCUAACCCUUCUCAAUUAUCUAUCCCUAGCAAAUCAAAACUCGAAUUGAGCGAGAAUUUUUCACAAUCAGUCCAUAUUACCUCUGAUGUUGGAGUUUCUGAGAGUAAGAACUCUUGCAAGCAUAAACCGGCAUCUUCUGUAGGUGUCAAACCAUCUUCAGCUGGACUAAGUCCUGUUGAGAAUGAUGAUAGAUUGACAGAAGAUAUGUCUUCUGAUCAUGAAAAGAAAACUUCUGAGUGUGGGACCGGCAGUAAUGCCAAGACGAAUGAAAGUGCCAAGAUUAGUGGCCGGCUAGAUCUUGUCGAGCGAGGUAAGAGUAGUUUGUGUAGAGGAAGUACGAGCACGGAUGUCAGUGAUGAGAGCAGUUGCAGCAGUUUUAGUAGUAGCAUAAGUAAGCCGCAUAAGGGAAACGAUUUGAGAUGGGAAGCGAUUCAAGUAAUUCGUGCAAGAGACGGAGUCUUAGGUUUGAGUCACUUUCGGUUGCUCAAAAGGUUGGGAUGUGGGGAUAUUGGUAGUGUUUAUCUUGCUGAGUUGAGUGGAACAAAAUGCUACUUUGCUAUGAAGGUAAUGGAUAAAGCAUCUUUGGCGAGUCGCAAGAAGUUGCUUCGAGCUCAGACGGAGAGAGAUAUUCUGCAAUCUCUGGAUCACCCUUUCCUUCCAACACUAUAUUCCCACUUCGAGACCGACAAAUUCUCCUGCUUGGUGAUGGAAUUCUGUCCUGGGGGCGAUUUGCAUACUCUUAGGCAGAGGCAGCAAGGAAAAUUUUUUACAGAACAAGCUGUAAAAUUUUAUGUAGCAGAAGUCCUUUUAGCAUUGGAAUAUCUUCACAUGCUCGGGAUAGUCUAUCGGGAUCUUAAGCCGGAAAACAUCCUCGUGAGAGACGAUGGGCACAUAAUGCUCUCAGACUUUGAUCUUUCCCUUCGCUGUGCUGUCAGUCCAACGCUAGUGAAGUCAGCCUCAAACGACACAGAUCCAUUAAGGAAGGAUCCUGGUUACUGCGUGCAGCCGGCUUGUAUUCAGCCUUCAUGCAUCCAGCCGUCAUGUGUUGCUCCUACAACAUGCUUCUCACCACGGUUCUUCACUAGCAGAUCCAAGAAAGAGAAAAAGACGAAGAAUGAAAUCGGCAACCAAGUGAAUCCACUCCCGGAGCUUAUCGCGGAGCCAACAAGUGCAAGGUCAAUGUCAUUUGUUGGAACACACGAGUACUUGGCCCCUGAAAUCAUCAAAGGUGAAGGUCAUGGAAGUGCAGUCGACUGGUGGACAUUCGGGAUCUUUCUUUAUGAGCUGUUGUUUGGUAGAACUCCUUUCAAGGGAUCAGGGAACCGUGCCACCCUGUUCAAUGUUGUAGGGCAACCUCUGCGGUUCCCUGAAGCCCCAGCCGUAAGCUUUGCAGCAAGGGAUCUAAUAAAGGGCCUACUCGUGAAAGAACCACAGCAUAGAUUAGCCUAUAAACGAGGAGCAACCGAGAUUAAGCAACACCCGUUUUUCGAAGGCGUAAAUUGGGCACUCAUACGUUGUGCCACACCUCCAGAAAUACCGAAACCCGUAGUCAUUGAAAUGGCACAAGCUCCACCCGCGUCUAGUGAAAAAGCUGCUUUUGCUACGGGAGCACCAGAUCAGAAGGGUUCUGACAACUACCUCGAAUUCGAUUUUUUCUGAGGCUGCAAUCUUUGGAUCAUUUUUCUUGUCAUUUUCAUGUCUUACACUGCUGAUUAGCAUAAGUGUUGCGAAAGGUUUCGAUCAGCAUUGUUAAUUUGGGAGCACAAAUCAGGAUGAACGAAGGGGCGAGUCGGAUUUUCAUGUACUUGGGCGGCAGAGACCGAUGUUGUUGCCGAUGUUGCUCAGUUACUGUUGCUUGUAAUGUAUGGAUAAUUUGGUGGGUGUAGGUUUUCCUUUCCAAAGACUUGGAAAGAUAUAUUGAAUCAGAAUUGUAUAUGUAUCCUGAUUUGUGCUUCUGUUUAUUUUAUUUGAGAGCUUUUUUAUCAUUGUCAAAAGCUUUUGUUUAUCAACAUUGCAGAAAUAAUUAAGAUAGCAGUAUUAUUUGUACUGUCGCCUUCCUAUUUCAAUCCUA